UCAACUUCUUACGUGGGUAAAAAACAGAUGUAGAUGAUUAAACAUACAUUUCUAGACUUUACUAGAUGAUUCAACAAGAAAAGCGUUCUAUCACGUGCCGAGUACGUGAUCAAUGUGCUGAAAAUCGAAAAUUCAUUACGUACCCACCGUCAUUUGUUAUCAGCCAAGCGACAUCACCAUGAGUAAAAAGAAGAUAUUUAUCUUUCAGCUGCGUCUAAGGUCUCUGGUGAGAAUUUUGCUCAUUGCUGUGACAUCUUUGAAUAUUCUGAUAAUUUUGCUGCAAUUUUCAACUUAUUCUUUGCCUAAAAAAUCAAAAUUAUUUCAUAUUCUUGAGGAUGUGAAUGAGAAUCCGAAUCGAAUGUUUGAUGUUCCCGAAUUUAAGUAUUUAAUUUCCAAACCGAGAUGCAGUCGUAACAGUUUAGCUCCAUAUUUUGUUACAUUAGUGCAUUCAUCGCCGACACAGUUCGAAAGACGAGCGGCUUGCCGAAAUACGUGGGCGCAUUCGGAUCCUCGAACGGAAACAUACUUUCUGAUGGGAAUGGUUCAGUCUUCGUCACUGCAAAAAAGAAUCAACGACGAAGAUGCUCAGUUCAAUGAUAUCAUCCAAGGCAAUUUCAUUGAUUCGUACCACAACCUGACGUACAAACACACAAUGGCAUUGAAAUGGUUCACAGACAAUUGCCCCGACGUCAAGUACCUACUGAAACUGGAUGAUGACGUCUUCGUAAAUAUUCCAGCCAUGCACAAAUUUUUGGCUACCAACAAAAACGACCAGAAAUUCAUUCUCGGUAUUUAUUUCCCACCACAAGAGACGUGUCGUCAGGGCAAGUGGAAAAUUUCAUAUGAAGAUAUCAUCGAAAACUUUGUGCCCGAAUAUGCAUCCGGCCAAUCCGUUAUUUAUUCAAAUGAUUUUGUUAGAGAGGCUUACAAGAAAACUUUCACCACCAAAUUCCUGUGGAUUGAUGAUCUCUACAUUACGGGAUAUAUUCGAAUGCAAUUGAAUAUUAGAGUCGAACCAAUAUAUCCAUUUAGAUUGAGCGAUGAUGCCUUGCAAAUGGUAUUAAAUGGUAGCACCACCAAAUUGCCGGAUCCGAUGUUCAUUGUUAGUGAGCAUGAUCGCAAAUACGAUGAAAUGAUUAAACUCUGGAAAUUCACCGAAGAAUAUAGAAGUGAACAUUUCAUAUGAUGCAACAAUAUCGAAUAUUCCGGGUUUUUUUAGAUCAGA